AUGCAGCAUAAACAAAGCAGCACAGAUCCAGCCAGACCCUCUGGACAACCUGGGAGGAAUGCUUUUCCAGGACCUGCUCCACCCCUGCAACCAACAGCCCAGGACAGCUCUAUCACCAGUCCCAUAGGGGGGUCUGGGAAACUCCCAGGACUGGGUCCAGUUCAGGCGUCAGGUGUACGUGAGAUGCCAAACCAGGUGAGGCCGGAGAAUGUAGAGCCUGGGUCCAGUCCUGCAGUUCCAGUCAAUAUCAGCCGUCCCAGACCUACUGCACUAAAUUCCUCCAGAGGUUCCGAAACUGAUAUGAAGGAUAAGGCCUCUAUUCCAAACCGCAUUCCUGGACCACACAGCCCCAUCUUCCUGUCCCAGUCCCCCACAGAGUCUUCCCUGUUGUCCCGCAGCCCUCAGAGUCCUCACAGCACUCAGCCUUACACCGGCCAGCCUUACCUCAUCCCCCAGCCUAACCUGCCUCAGCCCUGCCUCACCCCGCCUUCUAGCCUCAGCCCCAAACCAGGCUCCAGUCCACAGCCCCAGAGGACCAGCUCCACUUGGGGCGCUGUGGAGAAUCAGCCACAGACUGACAAGACUGAAGGAGAAACGGAUCACGGUUUCAGGUGAGACAGAUCACGAAUGAUGAUGCCAAGUACUAUUUUAGUAGCAUGCCCACUGAAUGACAUUUGUUCUAACGUUUCUACUCCCUGACUAAAUAUAGUAACAUGUUGUUGUCUCCAUGGAGAUAGUUUUCUCUUUCUGUUCCUUCACAACCACAAAAAUCACUGCUACUGAUAAUUGAUUGUUGUUCCUGUAGGUGCAGAGUGUAGUCUCCAUUUACCCUAGGGUAAAGGCAUUGGCUAUAAUAUCUUCACUGGUCAAUGUACAGUAUGAGUUCAACACUUAACAUUGAGCUAUACAUUAUUACAUAAUAAUUACAUUGUAACUACACAGUUAUGAUUGCAAAUCACUGUAAAGUGAAAGUAAUGUAGGUGUUUGCAUAACUACUGAUAAUGUAGGAUGUGCAUGCCCACCUGUGUUGUCCUCUAAUAGGGUGCACAUUGUCACAUGGAAUGUGGGCUCUGCUGUUCCCCCUGAUGACAUCGCCACUCUAUUUGGGCCGCAUGCUGGCGAUGGGAGCACAGACAUGUUUAUCAUUGGGUGAGAUUCUGCUCCAAUCACAAUGGUGCCAGAGGGAAAGCCUUGAAUGUCUCCUCCAUCAUAUCUCUAUCAUGUUCUGAUCUCUCCUCUACUACCGAUGUCACCUCAUCUAUUCAUCCAAACAUUUUCUCAUUCCUCUUCUGCUCCCACUGAGUUAUGAGUCGUUAUUCCUUUCUUCCUCCCCACUCAGGCUACAGGAAGUGAACUCUAUGAUAAACAAGCGGCUGAAGGACGCUCUCUUCCACGACCAGUGGAGUGAGCUCUGCAUGGACACACUCAGUCGCUUUGGAUAUGUGCUGGUCAGUAAAGAGUUAGCUCGCUAUGAUGUGCCAGUCACUGUCUCAAUCUCUAUGGGGACAGUUACACAUGACAGUCGUGACAUACAGAGUAUAAUGUCAAACAUAUUAUCUAACGGUUUAUCUUCUUAAUGUAAUGUUAUUUAUUCUUUCUCUCUCUCUCUCUCUCUCUCUCUCUCUCUCUCUCUCUCUCUCUCUCUCUCUCUCUCUCUCUCUCUCUCUCUCUCUCUCUCUCUCUCUCUCUCUCUCUCUCUCUCUCUCUCUCUCUCUCUCUCUCAAUUCAAUUCAAUUAAUUCAAUUCAAUUGAAGGGCUUUAUUGGCAUGGGAAACGUAUGUUAACAUUGCCAAAGCAAGUGAAGUAGAUAGUAAACAAAAGUGAAAUAAACAAUAAAUAUUAACAGUAAACAUUACACUCAGAAGAUUCAAAAGAAUAAAGACAUUUCAAAUGUCUAUACAGUGUUGUAACAAUGUGCAAAUAGUUAAAGUACAAAUGGGAAAAUAAAUAAACAUAAAUAUGGGUUGUAUUUACAAUGGUGUUUGUUCUGUCUUCUCUCUCUCUCUCUCUCUGUCUCUGUCUCUGUCUCUGUCUGUCUCUCUCUCUCUCUCUCUCUGUCUCUGUCUCUCUCUACCCUUCUCUUCACAUCCUCCUUCAUCACUAUAGGUGGCGUCCCAACGUAUGCAGGGGGUGCUGUUGCUGGUGUUCUCUAAAUUCUGCCAUCUUCCAUUCCUGAGGGGGGUGCAGACAGAGAAAACACGCACAGGUCUCGGGGGCUACUGGGUGAGUGUCACCCCUGGCAACCCCUGCUCUAAAAUAGGAGCUUGUCUGUAAAUGCACAGUCCAGAAACACUUGUUCACAAAUAGUUUUUAGAUUGCAUUAAAAUAUGUUAAUAUGCCAGGGAGAGAGAGAACGAGUGUGUGCGUGUGUGGGGCGGGGGAGGGUGUGUGUGUGUGUGUGUGUAUGUGACCUUCCUGUGCGUGUUAAUGUCAGCAUCACUACUGGCUGCUGGUGCAGUCUCCUUUUCUCUGAGGUCAGUGCAGCAGGACUGUCAGGCUGUCUGGUUCUCUGAUACCAUGCCAUCUGUCCUUUCAUCCUUAUCACAGUGGAUAUUUGAUUACAGAGACCUGGAGAGCAUCCAUGUUUCAUCUAUCAGUGUGUGUUACAUUUUCACACUCUCUCUCUAUCGCUCUCUUCCCCGCUCCCAGGGUAAUAAAGGGGGUGUAAGUGCAAGGAUGACGAUGUUUGGCCACCCGGUGUGUUUCCUGAACUGUCACCUGCCGGCUCACAUGCGGAACUUGGAGCAGCGCAUGGAGGACUUUGAGAGCAUCCUGCAGCAACAGCAGUUUGAGGGCACGACGGCCUCGGGUGUGCUGGACCACGAGUGGGUCAUUUGGAUAGGGGAGGGCUGAUGUAAACAGUAUGUGUAGGGCCAGGAGUUUUUCCCACUUGACCACCGGGCGGCAGGUAGGAAAAACUCUCAUAGAUCCUUGGACCAGUAACCGAAAGGUUACUAGUUCGAAUCCCUGAGCACUUAACCCUCAUUUCUCCCGGGUUGCCGUCAAUAAUGGCUGAUGCCAUGCCAUGACCCCACUCUCUGAGGAUGUCUCAGGGGUAGUUGGGAUAUGCAAAAAACACAUUUCCAUUUCACCACACAUGUAAAUGUGUGAAACAGGACAAAUAAAAUAACCCCCUAUUUGACCUAUGAGCUUUUUCCUUGGUCAUAUGGUCAUGAAAUACUCCUAAUUAUGUGUUCUGAUGAUCAGUCGUUGGCUCAUGGAGUGGUCAAUUAAAUUGUUCUUUGUUCUUCUCCCAGCGUGGUGUUCUGGUUUGGGGAUCUUAACUUCCGCAUUGAGGACUAUGACAUUCAUGUAGUGAAGAGUGCCAUUGACAGCAAUAAGCUCCCUUUGCUGUGGGAGCGAGACCAGGUGAGAAAGCUGUAGAAUCUAUUUAUUUGACAUGAAAAAAAGUCCAAAUGGAAUUUUCUGGAAGUCAUGAUUAUCUUUGGAAACAAUGACUGUUGAUUCAUUACCAACAGAGGGAGCUAUAGCACCACAAAAAAUGAACCUACGCCCAAUAAAAUGUACUCACUCAGUAGUCAAGCGAGCUACUUUGAUGAUUAAUUGGUAUUCUGUCUCUUUCCCGCUGUCUCUCUCUCUCUCUCUCUCUCUCUCUCUCUCUCUCUUCAUUCCCACAUGUUUGUUUUGCAGCUCAACAUGGCCAAAAACAGUGAGUCCAUCUUAGACGGCUUCUUGGAAGGCCCUCUCAAAUUCCCCCCCACAUAUAAGUUUGAUGUGGGGACACACACAUACGACACCAGGUAUGUGAUGCUGUGUAGAGCAAUACAUGGUUUGUGAUUGAUGUGAUGCUUCCUUGUGCAGAAAAAGUACUGACCUCUAUUAACUGAUUCACUGACCUCUAUUUCCCACUUUUAUCUAUCUCUAUGUCCCUCUCACAGCAGUAAGAAGCGAAAGCCAGCAUGGACAGACCGUAUCCUGUGGCGUCUGCGUUGUACGGGCUCUCCUGUUCCUACCCACAAUGCCGCUCUGCAGCGCGGCCUAACCUCGUGGCUGGGUGGGGCAACAAAGGUGGUGCAACACUCCUACCGCAGUCACAUGGGCUACACCUGCAGCGACCACAAGCCUGUCUCUGCUGUCUUCUCAUUACAUGUAAGUCCAACCUCCCUGUGACCCCUGAACUCUCACCCCAGCAGUCACACUGUUUGAUGUUUAUCCAGAUAUGGUGAAAAACCUUCACAGUUACUGUUACAUUAUAACUUUAGUAUGGCGUCACAUCAUUAGAAUCACCCUCUGAAAUUAUCUUUCUUUCGAUCUGUCUGUGUCUGUUUAUUUUUCACUAUCAUACUCUCUCCCCCAGUUCCCAUUCAAAGUGGACCUUCCUCUUGUAACGUUAGAGUAUGAGAAGGAGUGGACUAAAGUUUCUGACGCUACAGUCAGAUUCACUGUGAGGUCCAACUUCCAGCGCAGUUCAUGGGACUGGGUUGCAAUAUACAAGGUAACUGUGACUUCAACUUUAAAGCAGUGAGAUUUCAUAUUUUCUCUCACACAUACCUACAGUGCCUUCAGAAAGUAUUCACACCCCUUUACUUUUUCAAAUUCCUUUGGUGUUACAGCCUGACAUUUUUAUUGAUAAAAUGUCUAUUUUUUUAAUCAUUGGCUUCCACAAUAUACCCCAUAAUGUCAAAGUGGAAUUAUGUUUUUAGACAUUUUUACAAAUUAAUAAAAACUGAAACCUUGAAAUGUCUUGAGUCAAUAAGUAUUCAACCGCUUUUUAUGGUAAGCCUAAAUAAGUUCAGGAGUAAAAAGGUGCUUAACAAGUCACAUAAUAAGUUGCAUGGACUCACGUGAGUACUCUGUGUGCAAUAAUGACAAUAAUAUCAUUUUAAAAUCACUACCUCAUCUCUGUACCCCACACAUACAAUUAUCUGUAAGGUCCCUCAGUCGAACAGUGAAUUUCAAACACAGAUUCAACCACAAAGCCAGGGAGGUUUUCCAAUGCCUCGCAAAGAACGGCAGCUAUUGGUAGUUGGGUACAAAUUUUAAAAAGCAGACAUGAAUAUCCCUUUGAGCAUGGUGAAGUUAUUAAUUACACUUUGGAUGGUGUAUCAAUACUCCCAGUCACUACAAAGAUGCAGGCAUCCUUCCUAACUCAGUUGCCGGAGAGGAAGGAAACCGCUCAGGGAUUUCACCAUGAGGACAAUGGUGACUUUAAAACAGUUACAGAGUUUAAUGGCUGGGAGAGGAGAAAACUGAGGAUGGAUCAACAAAAUUAUAGUUACUCCACAAUACUAACCUAAUUGACAGGGUUAAAAUAAGGAAGCCUAUACAGAAUACAAAUAUUCUAAACCAUUUAUCCAGUUUACUAAAGUAAUGCUGGAAAAUAUUUGGCAAAGCAAUUAACUUUUUGUCCUGAAUACAGUGUUAUGUUUGGGGCAAAUCCAAUACAACACAUUACUGAUAGUGGUGGCUGCAUCAUGUUAUGGGUAUGCUUGUAAUAGUUAAGGACUGGGGAGUUUUUCAGGAUAAAAAAGAAACAGAAUGGAGCUAAUCACAGGCAAAAUCCUAGAGGAAAACCUUGUUCAGUCUGCUUUCCAUCAUACACUGGGAGAUUAAUUCACCUUUCAGCAGGACAAUAACCUAAAACAGGCCAAAUCUACACUAGAGUUGCUUACCAAGAAGACAGUGAAUGUUCCUGAUUGGCUGAGUUACAGUUUUGACUUAAAUCUACUUGAAAAUCUAUGGCAAGACCUGAAAAUGGUUGUGUAGCAAUGAUCAACAACCAAUUUGACAGAGCUUGAAGAAUUUUGAAAAUAAUAAUGGCCAAAUGUUGCACAAUUCAGGUGUGGAAAGCGCUUAGAGACUUAUCCAGAAAGACUCACAGCUGUAAUCACUGCCAAAGGUGCUUCUGCAAAGUAUUGACUCAGGGGUGUGAAUACUUAUGGAAAUUAGAUAUUUAUGUAUUUCAUUUUCAAUACAUUUGCUAACAUUUCUAUGGGGUACUGUGUGUAGAUGGGUGAGAGAAAAAAAUAUAUUGAAUCCAUUUUGAAUUCAGGCUGUAACGCAACAAAAUGUGGAAGAAGUCAAGGGGUAUGAAUACUUUCUGAAGGCACUGUAGGUUAUUAGGUCUAUGUUUAAUUGUUCCAUGGUCAAUUGAUGUCUGUGGUUUUUCUUCACAGGUUGGGUUCAAACAUCACAAGGACUAUGUAGCAUAUGUGUGGGCCAAGGCAGAUCAUGGGUCACAGGUAUGAUACAAAGCCUGACAAACAUACACUCACAACCAACCUCAGAGAUCCAUUGAGAUAAUAACAUAAAUCCACACACACCCACUUACUAUCUUUCCAUUCUCUCUAUUUUGUUCUUCACUCUCUUUUUCCCUUUCUCUCCUCAGGUGACAUUUACAGAGGAGGAUUUACCCAGGGAUGCAGGGGAAUACAUUUUGGGUUUCUACAGCAGCAACAUGAACACUAUUAUCGGAGUGACAUUGCCCUUUCAGGUCAGGAUCCUUUCCGCAGUUUUCCUUCCUGUGUUGUUCAAUGAACAGAGAAUAAAGCAGUUGCUUUCUGCCAUUCAGUUCUGCUGGAUACAGUAUUUCUCCUUUUCUCCUCAUUUUGUUCCCUCACACCAUUUACUCUUACUCUCUUCUCCAACCUUCCUCCAUCUCCCAUAGAUCCAUGUUCCUGUGCGCAGCCCGACAGCCCCACCAGUAUGCCGCUCAGACAGUUCUGACGUCAGCUCGGAGGAUGACAGCACACUGGUCCUGCUGGCCCCUGCUAGCUCCCGCAGCCCAAGCCCUGGAAAAAACAAACAUCGCCACCGCCGCAGCUGCAGUCCUGCUCACUCCAACACCCCCAUGCCCUCCCUGCAGGGCCUCAGCUUGCACCCACGGCCCCUAGAGGGGCUCCCAAGCAGCCGCUCGCCCUGCUCUGCAGCUAAGAAGGAGCGCCUGGUCUCCCCCCAGGACACCCUGCCGUCGCCCAUCAGCCCACUCACGCCCCGCAGCCCUGUGUCCCCCGGGGGUGGGGUCUCAGCCCCAGAGGCUCUGAUCGCUGCCAUCCUGGGGGAACACAGGCCAACUCAGGUCACCCCCACAGGGGGCAGGUCACCAGACAAGACUGGAGAGACAAGUUUAUGAGAAGCCCAACCAACAGUCUCUGUGGGGUCAUGAAUGUGCACAGACAUUAAGAUAAGACUGUUGAAAUGAGGCCAGUAAAGACCAUAUGAUUAUAGAAUCUAGGGCUGAUAUGGUCCACUAUUCUGAUGAUGAUCUGACCCCACACUGUCACUGCAAUCAUAAAAGCAGUGCAUUGUAUGACUUGUAGUUUGCAACAUUCCACAUGGUAGUGAACCAGUUGUAUCUGUUUCUUAAUAUACUUAUCAGUGACUUCAUGCCAUACAUACACUGUGUGUACUUUGGAGUCAGGAGCUAGUCCAAAUCGAUAACAGUCUAUGUCUUACCCCAAGAAGUGCUUUUACAGACUCAUAUCAAUACUCUAUGUACACAAUAAAUGUAAAGCCAAAGCAAGAGUAAAUCUGCAAUGUACAGUACUGUUGUUGUUAUCGUAAGUUUAAGGGAUGUCUAUAUGCCCAACCCAUAUGGGCCUGGAUCACUUGGUGUGGUAUGAUAUCCAUCUUUCCAUACCCCCAAGCUCCAACUGAUAUUAAACCACUCCAAGUGGUUUGAUUCUGAAUCUCUCCAUCUUGUGUAUAUGUGUGUAGAACUGUACAUGUUUGAGAGAAAAAAACAUUCCUGUCUUAUUUUCAGAGUGAUAAGGCUUCUAAUGGUUUGGUGGUUUGUUUUGGUUGUGGAAAUAUUAGUUGUGUGAGGGUGUGUGAGGAAAAUAAAAUGGUCAACCUGAGAAAGAGACUUCUGAUUUUUGAUAUCAUGCACAGAACAUUCAAUGGGACAGCUCGUAAUUAUGAUGUGCAAAGAGUCCACAUAGGCUAAUGGCCAAUCCUCAAAAAGGGCUUUCGUUUUUGAGAUACCCC